AUGUCUUUCAAUCUGCUUAUUCUAGCGCCGUUUAAUGUGCGAGCAUUCGGUGCACUGCUAAAAUACCUCGACGCUGUUCGUCUUGGUGUAGAGUUCGAGGAUUAUUCUGUAAAGACACCUGUGGUGUCUGUCGAAGUAUUUUCCAUGUCAUUAUGCUGCAGGCGUUGGUUUGAAUCUCCAACAGUAAAUCGGAAAACUCUCUCAAUACGACAAAAAGCAAUUUCGUUUUUUAUCCAAGACUGUAAUGUAGAUAGCUUGAAUUUUAUCGCCACUCGUGUUAAAAAUAUUGGUUCUUUGAAGGUAUCAUGGCACUUUUAUUUUCAAGAAUCGAAUCUCGAGAACAAAGUUGUGAUGAAUCGAGGCGUUAGUAAUGAACUGGACAAACGUAUUUUAAUUAAAACUUUUAUAGACGUAGAUGCUUGUUCGGUUGUAUAUGUACCAAUGUUUGGUUACCUGUUAGAAUUACCAGCAGAAACAGACGUUUCUUUUCACAACGACUUACAGCUAAUUUAUGAACUGCCUGAGGAGAGGAUGAAACAUUAUAAGAGUUCUCGAAUGCACCAACUGGACCAACAAAUUGGUGAUAUCAAAAUGGAAAUUAGUGACAUCGAGACUACUACUAUGCUAAGGUUUAAAAUAAUGACUUAUAGUAAAAGUAAUAAUAAAAAUAGUACUAUUCAUCGGAGCGCAGAACUUGAAUGUUGCAUUUCACUGGCGCUAGCAGCAUGCGAGUAUGAUUGGCAUCGCCCGCUGUUAGUGGAUGAACCCGUAAUCGAUGUAGAUAAGGCACGACAUCCGUUAGCUGAGUUGCUUUCCAUCAAAAAAUUCGUGCCCAACCCAAUACGUUCUGGAUGUGCUCAGACGAAAGUCAAGCUGAUAAUAGGUCCUAACGCUUCGGGAAAAAGUGUUUAUUUAAAGCAGGUCGGUCUGAUUGUGUUUCUUGCUCAUAUUGGAAGUUUCGUUCCUGCAGAACGGGCUGUUAUUGGUCCAAUAGAUCGCAUUUUAACCCGUCUGUAUACUGUGGACUGCGUAGCUGAUGGGUUGUCUUCUUUCGCAAAAGACAUUGCUCAAAUGGCAUCUUGUUUACGGAGAAGUACGGGUCAGUCACUGAUCAUAAUAGAUGAAUUUGGUAAAGGUACUUUGACAGAAGUUGGAGUAUCAUUGCUUGCUGCUUCGCUGAAUUCUUGGAUUGACAGAGGAAAAUCUUUGUGUCCCCAUGUAUUUGUCAGUUCACAUUUUCAUUCUCUCAUGAAUUUUCUCCAUCAAGAUUCGACUAUACUGUCAUAUCACGUAAUUUAUAUAUUAGUUGACGGCAUAAUCGACUGCUCGUAUGCUAUCUACACUGCAGAGGCUGCUGGUAUUCCUGAGUCUGUUAUCAAAAGAAGCCUGGAGGUAAGGAUGGUUGAAAUUCUGCUCGUGAACAACAUUUAA